AUGGCCGCAACUAAAGAAGCAAAGCAACCAAAGGAACCAAAGAAGAGGACCACCAGGAGAAAGAAGGAUCCUAACGCCCCUAAGAGGGGCUUGUCAGCUUAUAUGUUCUUUGCUAAUGAAAACAGAGACAUUGUCCGUUCCGAGAAUCCUGACGUAACUUUUGGCCAAGUAGGCAGAAUAUUGGGUGAGAGGUGGAAGGCCUUAACUGCUGAAGAAAAGCAACCCUAUGAAUCUAAGGCUCAAGCAGACAAGAAGAGAUACGAAUCUGAAAAGGAAUUGUACAAUGCUACACGUGCUUGA